UGCUGAUAACCCGUUUUCGGGUGUCGCAUCAUGAAAUAUUCCAGUAUAUAUAUAUCUAAAUAUAUAUUGGACGCCCAUGUUAUUUCACAACCAUCAAAUGCAUGGAUUAAGCAAGACUGAACAUGACUCAGUGACAGUUACAAUAGACUGUGCAGGUAACUGAAGCGGAUAAAUAUAUAGCCAUUAUUGGACUGCAGCAAACACGAUCGACGGCGCAUAGUGUGUGAUGUAGGGAUGUUUCGCUUGUCAGAGCAGUUCUACGUACAGAUAUAGGUUUAUCUCUGAAGGUAAGAUUACAGAGACAACAUGGCCAAUCCAUUGAAACUCAACACAUAUGCAGCAAGUCAACAGGCUCAGUCAGGCAGCUCUACUGAUACUCCUCCCUCCCCAUUUACUAAGAGUAUAGACGAUAGGUUUCUAACAUGUCCGAUUUGUUACGAGAUGUACAGUCAGCCCAGAUGCCUGCCGUGUCUCCACAGCUACUGCCAUCAUUGUCUAGACUCCUACAUACGAUCCCAGGAACCUUCUCAAAUGCGGAGGAAGAAGGGCUUUCCUUGUCCAAUGUGCAAACAGUUUCACUUUGUGAAAAAAUGGGUGAAGCCUUUAGACGAAUGGGUUGAAGAGUUUCAGAAGAACUUCCUUAUUCAGAAUAUGAUCGACUGCCUUCAUCCUAAGACGAAACCAAACACCCCUACUCCAUUGGCCGGAAUCAGACCUUCAGUAGAGGCUGUUCAGCCGUACACCCCAACGGUUCCUCAAAGACCAUCUCCUUCAGCUCCACCACUGUCGGAGUAUGACCCACCAACUGAGCAGGGCAGUUACAGCUCACCGUUUGGUCAAAGCAACAGCUCAUCCGGUUAUUUAGCACACCAAGGUGAAGGUCUCCGUCCGUCCACUAGUGUUUUUGAUGUAUCAGCCUUGCAUACCGUCUCCGGGAAUCCCAUGAACGCAAGGAGCUCCAGUUCGAAUGACUUAACCAGGGGCGAGGAACCUGUUUUAUAUGUAGAUGCAUUCACAAUGCUGAGAGUGGACACCUACACGAGACUCUAUGAUAAUAGCAGCUUCUCAGAUGUAUGUUUUCUUCCCAAAGCAAAAACUAUCGUUUUGACGGACUACAACAAUAAUUCAGUUGUACUUUUCAGCAGUUAUUUCAUAGGCAAUAGAGACUCCACCAAGGUCAAGGUUAAAGGCAGACCAUGCUCUGUUGCCCUGUUGAAUGAAACAGAAGACUGUAUCGUAGUCAAUCUCCAGCAUAAGUGUCAAAUAUUCUUCAUUUCGAUCCCUGGAUUAAGCAUCCUGAAAGUCUUAAAGACUCAGCGUAACUAUGAGAGUGUCUCGAUGUCGGCACCCAACACUCUUCUAACAGGAACUUCAGCAGAACCAGCUAGAAUAGAUCAGAUUGAGAUUGAACAUGUUUUCUUGGACGUGUUAUCCCACAAGUUUCUGGUUACAAAGGACAGGCUUUGCAGGACGAUCUUAAGACCAAAUCACAUUUGUGCCUUAACGGAAGACACGUUCGUGGUCUCAGAUUCAGCAAAAAAGAGCCUGAUCGGAUUUCAUAUAGAAACAGAGUAUGGAACAAAAGUCGGCAAGAAAUUCUUCUCCCUCGCACCAACACGUGACCGGAAGUUUCGGAGUCUUGGUGGGAUGUGCUGUAACGUUGGUGCCGGCAGCUUCUACGUGGUUGACUACGGUGGCAAUGCGGUGUAUCAGAUAUUUCCCGGGGACACAAUAAUAUGUGAAAAGGUCCUUUGUCAGAGCCAUGGAAUUAAAAAACCAUCCUCGGUGUGCUUAGGCCCAAAUGGUGCCCUGUGUGUGGUUGACUGGGAAGGGGGUAUCUCCUUGUUCAGACAAAGGCCCCGUGAGACCUCGGCGUAAGUCAACUGCUAUGUCUCGUCACCUAUACUUCCGGUACGGACAUGCUUACCGUUUUCACGAACACCUGGUGUCAUCACAGAUUUUCAGUGAUCCAUGCAUAUCAUUACCACUGCUAUUUUGCUUUUUACGCACAGUGCAAUAUGUUUCGGCAAAUUAUUGAAACUAAUUGUUGUCCGACGUUGCCGUUCAUACUAUUGUCCUAUAUGAAGCAAGUCAAGAUUUCCUGAAUGAGGGGCGCGGUGGGGUAGCCUAGUGGUUUAAGCGUUCGCUCGUCACGCCGAAGACCAGGGUUCGAUUCCCCACAUGGGUACAAUGUGUGGAACCCAUUUCUGGUGUCUCCCGCUGUGAUAUUAAUUAAAUUAAAUGUAGUUGUUUGCUUUUAGCAACCUCAUAUUUUUGCAUAUUUCAGAGACUUAGCUUUAGUCUCGUGAAAGACCUGAUUGGUUGCACAGUCUUUCAUAAAUUAGCCUCCAUGGGUAUGUUGUACUACAUAAUUCGUUAUUAAAACCUCUCAUGGUA